AUGUGCAUGCUGGGCAUCCGUUUACCUGAGAUCUCCGGGGACUGCCCAACCCCCCGAUGCAUCCUGAUGCCAGCGCUCUCAAAGAGAGGACCGUCAGUGCAGAUUCUGAUCGAGCGAAGCGACAUCGCCGGAUCUAUCCUGACCGGAAAAGGAGCUCAUCAGCCGAAAGAUUGCGACAUCAGGUUCUGCGAGAGAGUCGAGUGGCUCAUCAAGUGUGCGAAUGCUUCGCGACGCAUCAGGCCGAUUGUGGACAAGCGCUGGAAAAUCCCGAUCAGGUUCGACCCACAGAGCCAGCUCGCUCAAUGGGCAGUGGAGAGAGAACUGGACCUGUCAGAAACGAACCUGGACUUGGAGAGAGACUUCGCAAGUUGCAUACAGGACUUCGCCCCAAGCAAAGGUAACCAGAAGGGUCGUCUCAGGCUUCAGCUUUUCCAGAGGUGGCAUCGCGCAUCCGACAUUCAGGUGGCGUUGCAGAGGGAGGAGGAACUGAAGUGGAUAUUGCAGGAGGCAAGAAAAGCAGAGCUGCUGGAUGACAUUCUGAAACAGAUGAAAUCAAAGCUGAAGGAGAGCCAGAAGAAGCUGCAGGAGGAGGUUUGGUACUUCGUGGAGAUGCUGCACUUGACGCCGAAAGUGCGAUCUGCCGGUGUUCAACUCAGCCAUCGCAAGCACGAUGUGGAUCCCGAGAACGAAGGCAAGUGCUUUUGCUACAAGCUUUACGGCCAAAGGAUGGUUUGGGGCUGCAGCUGGCACAAGAGAUAUCUUGAAUAUGUCCAUGAAGCGGUUGCAACAAUUCACAGAGGAGAGGAGGAACAGCAAUACCAUCGCGUAGACGACGGGCAUGCUCUCACACAGGAUUUUCCAGAAGGUUAUCCGGUGGAUGCAUGGUGCGAGGUGACGAAGUCAUGGCGCCGAGGAGUCGUGAAAGAGAAGCGAACAAGGCAAGAGGAUGGUUCAGCCAACGUGGAGGCACUCUGGACCAUUCAAUGCGAGCACAGCGAAGGGACUUUUCAUUCAUCUUUCCUCUGCGACACAGCCGUGGCUACAAAGGAGUUGUUGGACCACUUUGGCAGGGGCCUUAACUAA